AGAAGAAGAACAACAACAAGAAGACGACCAUAACAGAAACACGAUCAGUCUGUCAUCAUCAGCAGGAAAUAUACUCUCAGUUUGUAAUUUCACUUCCUCUAUUGUCGGACCAGUAACAGACAUUACUUAGAUUGCGUCCUCUGUAUUUUUAUUUAUAAAUUGAAUUAUUUUUUAUAAUAUUAUUUUAUUUUAUUUAGCAUUUUAGUCCAACUUGCUGGUAACAUUUGCUGACAGAGCAGACUGAGAUGAGCUGAAGGCACCAGGAGGGACAACUUCACAGAACACUUCGUCAGGUGAUGAGAUUGAAGAGGCCUUAGCUGAAAGUCAGAGGGAUCAUGGAGGACGACUGCAGGCCUCUGCUGAGCUCAGAGCAGACUGGAGAGAGCCUCUCACACAGAGGGUCCACAGACUCACUGGACUUCAAGGCCAAAAGGCCUUUCUACGUAGAGCCCAGGAAUAUCGUAGGUGAUGACCCACAGGAGAGAGUGUCUGCUGAGGCAGCCAUUCUCAACAGCAGAGUCCACUACUACAGCCGACUGACAGGCUCCUCUGACAGACUGCUAUGCCCUCCAAAUCAUGUGAUUCCCCGGCCAGAGGAGAUCUACAUCUACAGCCCACUGGGGACAGCUUUCAAGGUGACAGGUGGCGACCCUUCCUCUAAAAACCCCAGUAUCAUCACCAUAUUUGCUAUAUGGAACACCAUGAUGGGCACAUCUAUACUCAGUAUACCUUGGGGUAUAAAGCAGGCUGGUUUCACUCUGGGGAUCCUCAUCCUCAUCUUCACAGGUCUGCUGAUGCUCUACUGCUGUUACAUUGUCCUCAAAUCACCAAAGGCAAUACCAUACAUGGACACAUCCGACUGGGAAUUCCCUGAUGUUUGUAGAUACUACUUUGGCAAGUUUGGUCAGUGGUCCAGCUUGGUCUUUUCGAUGGUGUCACUUAUUGGAGCCAUGGUGGUUUACUGGGUCCUCAUGUCGAAUUUCCUCUACAACACCGGACAGUUUAUCUACAACUAUGCUCACAAUGUCAAUGUGUCAGAUUCAACGUUUGGAACCAACGGCUCGGAUAGAGUCAUCUGUCCAUACCCAAACACUGAUCCUGGAGGAAACUUAACCCUAAGUACACUUUACCUCAGUAACAGUGGAAAUGAUACUUCUGAUGUCAGCACUUUUCAACACUGGUGGAGCAAAACCAACACCAUCCCCCUCUACCUCAUCAUUCUGCUGCUGCCUCUGCUCUGCUUCCGCUCAGCCUCCUUCUUUGCCAGGUUCACAUUCUUGGGUACCAUAUCAGUGGUCUACCUGAUUGUUCUGGUUACUGUUAAAGCUGUCCGCCUCGGCUUCCAUCUAGAGUUCCACUGGUUCGACACAACCCAGUUAUAUGUUCCAGAGUUCAGACUGCUCUUCCCUCAGUUCACUGGUGUCCUCACUCUGGCCUUCUUUAUUCACAACUGCAUCAUCACACUAAUGAAGAGCAACAAGCACCAAGAGAACAAUGUGCGGGACCUGUCUGUGGCAUAUCUCCUAGUAGGGCUCACCUAUCUCUAUGUGGGAGUGUUGAUCUUUGCUGCCUUCCCCUCUCCUCCUCUCUCCAAAGACUGCAUUGAACCAAACUUCUUAGACAACUUCCCCAGCAGUGAUGUGAUGGUGUUUGUGGCUCGGACCUUCCUGUUAUUCCAAAUGAUCACAGUCUACCCCCUGCUGGGAUACUUGGUGCGGGUCCAGAUGAUGGGCCAGAUCUUUGGAAAUCAUUACCCCAGUUUUUUCCACGUUCUGGUACUGAACAUCGUAAUUGUUGGAUCUGGUGUCCUGAUGUCCAAGUUUUAUCCCAAUAUUGGAUCCAUCAUAAGGUUUUCUGGAGCAACAUGUGGCUUGGCUUUAGUGUUUGUCUUCCCUUCUGUAGUCCACAUGAUCUCCCAGAAAAGGCAGGGGCUGCUCCGCUGGCCGUCAGUCCUCUUUCACAGUUUCCUGAUCCUGCUGGGCGUAGCCAACAUGGUGGCUCAGUUCUUCAUGUAGAGAAGCAGUCAGACGCGCAUUUUAAACCAUUCAGAAGCAAAAUUAUAUGAUGUGAUGGAGGAUUCAGAUGGGAAUCUCAGAAAUUAGCUGUAGAAUAAUGGAGUGCAUACCUGCACACUACGUAUUAUCUCACUUAUGUCGGUGCCAUGAAAAAAAAAAGCCCAGAUAAACCUAUGAAGAACCUCUGAUUCAGUGUAUGUGUGCAAUGAACUUACUGAAUGAAGAGUUAUUGUGAAGGUUAAUGUUCCUGGGGAAUAACAGAAAUCCAAUUUCUUGCUUUGAUAACUUUCUUUUAUUUUCAAUAUGCAAUACAGAAUGUGGUAUUUAUAUGAUAAAAGUUUCCUUAUAGAUAAUUGCCUUCAUAAUACUAUUGAUCUCAGACCUGUCCAAGCAAGUCACAUUGACACACACACACUGUAAGCUGUGUUAAACUCUUUGGGAUAUGGGGUCACCAAUGAGAGCUAUCACAAAACCAGGUUAUUGUAAUAAAGAUCUGUUUUUACAUAGAUGGAUAAACAGAAUCUUGGUAAAACAUUAACUUGUGUAAACAAUACCUUUGAGUAAACUGAAAAUAGUCUCAAUAGCUUAUAUAUUUUUUUAAAAUAAUAUUGGAUGGAACAUUGAAUGAACACAUGAGAGGUGUCGCUCUGGUGGUGAACCUACAGAGAAUUAUCAGCUGAUUCUGCAGCUGUCUUUAGCUUUACUGAUGUUUAUAUUGAGUUUUAUCUCAUUGUUUUUCUGUAUUAUCUGACCCACAGCUGUUUUGUUUCACUGUUUCAUGCUCUUUCACGUUUGGCCACAGCAGGCUGCCUUUUUCAGAGAAAAAACCCUCUGCGAAAGUGAAUGUUGGACUUUUGAUCAGGUGCACAGGAACACUGCUGCAAAUGAGUGGUCAUGCUGUUGUGUAACUGCUGGAAAUUUGGAACCGUUUGCUGAAGAGUUCAACAUAUCAACUAAAUGAUAUGUCAUUGUUUCGUUCACAACGUCUUUGUUAUUGGAUGUUUAAUUUUGUUACAUGUGAGGCUUUACAGCUGGAUUUUAUGAUUAUAUAGAGUUGUCAUGCUGACACUGGGUAAUCAUGUGACCAACUUUGUGAUUAUCUAAACUGUUCAUAUGUUUUAGAAAAGCCAUGUUUUGUGCAUAUGUUUUGAAGAAACAUUUGGCACAAUAUUAAUUUUUUUAAGCAGUGUUGAUGUACAUGUUUGACAUGUUUACAUGAUGCUUAGGUACUAUGUCUAAUAUGUUGUAUUUUACUAAUGAUAGGAUAGACAAAGGGAAUAUGUGCGUGAAAAUAAAUCAUAUCAGUCUG